AUGCCCCGCUCGUUCCUGGUGAAGAAGAAGCAGGGGAUGUGUGGAGGGUGGAGAUGGAAAGAUGCUGAAGAGGUAGAGAGUGCCAGGGACCAGACAGAAAUUGGGACAGCUCUGGAGUCCAGCCCUGAGCUUCCUGUCCCUCCUAUCUGCCCCGAACCUGCUGUACUGCCCCCUGCCCUGGAUCCAGAGGGGCAAGUUGGCCAGAUCUGGCACACCAUGCUAACGCCCCACCACCCCUACCCCAGUCAGCGCCAGUACUCCCCAGACUCAGCCCUCUGUCCGCCUCCAAGGAUAAAGCCACGACCCCCUCCUGGGGCGGCGGACUUCCAGUGUGCCGUGUGCCACAAGGUGUUCCCCCUGCAGCGCAUGCUAACACGCCACCUCAAGUGCCACAGCCUGGUGAAGAGGCACCUCUGCAGGUUCUGUGGCAAGGGCUUCAACGACACUUUUGACCUCAAGAGGCACAUGCGCACGCACACAGGGAUCCGGCCGUACAGGUGUGAGCUGUGUGAGAAAGCCUUCACCCAGCGCUGCUCUCUGGAGUCGCAUCUCCGCAAGAUCCACGGCGUGCGACAACAGUACGCCUACCGCCAGCGUCGCUCCAAGAUCUUCGUGUGCGAGGACUGCGGCUUCACCUCCACACGUCCCGAGGAGUACUUCCUGCACGUACGUCAGUGUCACCCCGGCAGCCCCGCCCUGAGACGGUACUACCGCAAACACGCCCAGGAGCAGGCCCAGGCCCACAGCCACACCCAUGGCCAUGCCCAGAACCACACCAAACACAGACUGGGGCCCCUGGUCAUCUAUCCCACGUCCGGAUACCUCAUCUGA